AUGGGCGGUGGCGACAUCAAGGAUCCUUUCACGCCGGAAUUUUCGGACUUUGUCACCAAGACUAUUGACGAAUGGAAGGUUGCUGGCAUCGCUAUUGGCGUUAUCGAUGGAGACGAUGUCUUCUCAAAGGGAUUCGGGUUCGCGACUUUGCCUGAUGUUCCAGCUACACCAGAAACCCUCUGGUAUGGUGGCUCCACGACCAAGGCAUUCGUAACGGCAACUCUGUCUCAUAUGAUCGAGAGCAAAAAGUACCCCGAACUUUCUGAUGGAUGGAAGACCACUGUUUCAUCAAUUAUCCGCGACGACUUUGUAACUCGAGAUGAUUGGACGACUAACAAUAUCACCCUUGAAGAUCUAGCAUGCCAUCGAUCAGGCUUGCGAAAUAAUGAUAUAGGCGUCCGAACACGCGACGGAGACGGCCCAAGGGAGAUCAGAGAUAUCGUUCGUAAUUUUCGACACCUUCCACUCCAAUGGCAGCCUCGCACUCAGUUUGACUACAAUAACGAAGGUUAUGCAACGCUGUCCUAUGUCGUUGAGACGAUUACUGGGAAGUGGCUAGGCGAUGUGCUUAAAGAGACGAUAUGGGGUCCUCUUGGGAUGACUUCUACAUAUCUCGACUUGCAACAGGCUAAAGAUGCACCGGGCCAUCUGUCGACAGGCUACUACUGGAGUGAUACUCAGAAGAAGAAGGAACAAUAUGUUGCCAUUCCUUACUUAGCUACAGAAGUCAACAGUGGAGCUGGAGCGAUCAUCUCGACUGUCACCGACUAUGCGAGGUGGAUCAGAUGUCUGCUACGCAAAGAGGCACCUCUAUCCAAAGAGGUACAUGAUGACAUACGCAGACCGAGGAUUGUUGAUAACCCGGAACCUUCUCGCGGAAUGGAUGUCUCCAUGUAUGGACUCUCCUGGUGGCGUACGUCGUACCAUGGUCACGCCGUUUAUUGGCACUCUGGGUCUGUGGCUUCGCAUGGUGCUUUGAUCUACUGGCUUCCGGACCUUGAAUACGGAGUUGUUAUUCUCGCGAACUACCCCAGCGAUGUGAGAGACGUUAUCAUGAGACGACUGAUCGACGAUAAACUCAGAAUCCCACCGAGUGAGCGUUUUGACAUCGCCAAAGAUUUGAGAAAAGCACAACAAGAAAGAAAGGAAAUCAUCGCCAAUGCAGCCACCACCUUAUUUCCAAAUCUGCCAGCCAAGCCUCAACCAUCACUCGUCCAUAUCGACAAUCUCCGUGGAAGUUACCAUGCCCCUGGGUAUGGAACAUUCGAGUUUCUACGAUAUAAACUUCCACAGCAAAAGGAGAGGAGUAAGGAUCUCGUUGCAGUGCGUACAGACACGUUAUGGAAAUGUCGCGCAACACUUCGUCACGCCUCUGGAAAUUUCUGGGUCAUGUUUAUCUCACUAACGGAUGAUCCAUCACGAGGGCCUGAUGCGUUCUUGGGUGCUGAGUUUAGAUAUGGUGUCGACAAUUUGCCUUGUGAGCUUGUUAUUACCUUUCCGACUGGGGACUAUAGUCGUGAGACUGUACUGAAGAAGGUGAAAUGA